UCCAGGGGAGGUAUCUUUGACUGGCAUUACUGGACAAAUAGCUCUGUUCUUGUGCUGGUGAGCCCACAAAUAUGAGAGAAUGCUAUGAGAUACUCUCGCAAACAUUCUCCCCCCCUCCCAAAAAAAAAGGUCUCCCCCCAGAGCGUCAAUGAAUCUGACACAAUCCUUUUGCAUUGCCACGCAGGUUUUUGCACGCGUUUAUGAGGGGCUUCAUUUCCACGAAUGGCAAGAAAACAGUCAUGCACAGUCCCUGUUGUGGGCAUAAAACCCACCGGAUGGACACGCAGGUUCCUAAGUUUCCCACAGCAUCUAUGAUCAAACCAACUCCACACGUAGUCAGCAUCGCCUGUACCUUCUACAUUGCUAACGCGUUUCAGUACGUUGCCUGUGUUGGAAGUCAUACGGACUUUAUGUCCAGUGGGACACGGACUUAGACAUUCCGCG